GCCUCAACCUCUCAUCUUCAGCAUCUCUAUCGCUCCGACCGUCAUCGACGUCCCGUGACACCAUCUUCUUCUACCGCCUCCCUGCGACGGUCUCGAUCUCUGCCCAUCAUGGCGCGCGUCUACGCCGAUGUCAACCAGAGCAUGCCCCGCAGUUACUGGGACUACGACAGUGUUAACAUCAGCUGGGGUGCCCUAGAAAACUACGAGGUCGUCAGAAAGAUUGGCCGUGGAAAGUACUCUGAAGUCUUUGAAGGCAUCAAUGUCGUCAACUACCAGAAAUGCGUCGUCAAGGUUCUAAAGCCUGUGAAGAAGAAGAAGAUCAAGCGCGAGAUUAAGAUCCUCCAGAAUUUGGCCGGAGGUCCUAAUGUUGUUGCCUUGCUCGACGUUGUUCGGGAUGCGCAGAGUAAGACGCCGUCCCUCAUUUUCGAGCACGUCAACAAUACCGAUUUCCGAAGCCUCUACCCUAAGUUCAAUGACAUCGAUGUCCGGUUCUAUAUCUUUGAGCUCCUCAAGGCUUUGGACUUCUGCCACAGCAAGGGUAUUAUGCAUCGAGAUGUUAAGCCUCAUAACGUUAUGAUCGAUCAUGAGAACCGAAAGUUGCGUCUCAUCGAUUGGGGCCUGGCCGAAUUUUAUCACCCCGGUACCGAAUACAACGUUCGUGUGGCCUCUCGCUAUUUCAAGGGUCCAGAACUGUUGGUCGAUUUCCAGGAGUAUGAUUACAGUCUCGACAUGUGGAGCCUGGGAGCCAUGUUUGCUUCUAUGAUCUUCCGAAAGGAGCCGUUCUUCCAUGGGAACAGUAACUCGGACCAGCUUGUGAAGAUUGCAAAGGUUCUCGGUACUGAUGAUCUGUUUGACUACAUUGAUAAGUACGAAAUUGAACUGGAUGCGCAAUAUGACGACAUUCUCGGACGAUUCCAGAAGAAGCCCUGGCAUAGCUUCGUCACCUCGGAAAACCAGCGAUUUGUUUCUAAUGAGGCCAUCGAUUUCCUUGACAAGCUACUGCGAUACGACCAUCAGGAGCGUUUGACCGCCAAGGAGGCGCAAGCGCACCCCUACUUCAACCCCGUCCGUGAUCCCGAGGUUUUCAAGCAACACCUUGCAGCUGCUAAUGGCGCUGCCAACAAGUCUUGAGAGUGCUUGGAGUCGUAGCUCUCCAACACUCAUCAUCUCUGGCGAUCCAUCUCGUGGCAACUCUUAACCAUGAUACCCUGGACCGGCGGUUACUGCUUUCCUUUGUCGGUUUUCCAACCCUGAUAGGAUACACCCA